CUAUACUAUCUAUCUCACUAGUACUACUCACUCACUAUAUCUCUCUUCUCUCUCAAUUUCACCUUCAUCAUAUUAAAAUAAAACCAAAAAAAUAAAUACAUAAAUAAAACAACCAACACAAAAAUCACAGCUUCACCCAAUCAAAACGACAACAAUGGCGGAACCAACGUCUUCUUGUCGGAAGCUGUUCGUGGAGGUAACCAACGCCAAGAAUCUAAUGCCCAAAGACGGCCAAGGCACCGCCAGUGCCUACGCCAUGGUCGACUUCGACGGCCAGAGACGCCGGACCAAAACCCAGUUCAGAGAUCUCAACCCUCACUGGGACGAGACCCUCGAAUUCAUAGUCCACGAUUCAGAAGCCAUGCCCACCGAAACCCUCGAGAUCAAUCUAUACAACGACCAUAAAAAGAGUGGCAAAAAGAGUACUUUUCUUGGCAAAGUCAAGAUCUCCGGCUCCACUUUCCUUCCCAAAUCCGACGAUGUUCCACUCGUUUACUAUCCUUUAGAGAAGAGAAGUGUGUUUUCUCAGAUCAAAGGGGAAGUCGGUUUGAAGAUUUACUACGUCGAUGAGAAUCCUCCGCCUCCACCGCCGCCGGAGACUAAGCAAGAAGCUCCGCAGGCAGAAGAGACAAAACCAGCGACCGAGGAAGCUAAAAAAGAAGAGGAAGUUAAAACAGAGGAACCCAAAAAGGAUGAGAAGAAGGAUUCGAAAACAGAGUCUGAUCAGAAAGCACCGGCGGAGGCCAAAGCCACUACUGAUGUUGCUGUGCUGGCGCCGCCGCCUCCUCCGCCAGCUGAGGUAGAAAAACCAGCAAUAGCUCAAACCGAUACGAGUUCCAAACAGAUUAGUCAGAUAAGCAAAGAUCAGAAAACGACUUCGUCUUCGGAAAUUAAUGGUGGUGGGACUUUGACUGUAAUGGAUCACAAGCUUCGUUCCAUAGCCAGUGACCGAAGUCACAGCGCUUACGACCUCGUCGAACGAAUGCCCUUUCUCUACGUUCGAGUUCUGAAAGCAAAGCCCAAAGCUUUAUCAGCUAAUUCCUCUGCUUACGCCAAACUCGUGAUCGGAACUCACUCGAUCAAAACCAAAAAACAGAGCUCCGACAAAGAUUGGGAUCAAGUCUUCGCUUUCGACAAAGACGGACUCAACUCAACCAAUCUCGAAGUCUCUGUUUGGACAGAAGAAGAAAUGAAGAAAGAAACGACAGAAAACGACAAGACCGUUACCACCGUUACCGUUACCGAAAGCUCUUUAGGAACGGUGUCGUUUGAUCUUCAGGAGAUCCCCAAGCGUGUGCCACCAGAUAGUCCCCUCGCUCCCCAAUGGUACACUCUCGAAUCGGAGACUUCGCCGGGAAAUGACGUCAUGCUUGCCGUCUGGAUCGGAACUCAGGCCGACGAGGCUUUUCAGGAGGCUUGGCAGUCCGAUUCAGGUGGCUUGAUACCGGAGACCCGAGCCAAGGUUUACUUGUCUCCGAAGCUUUGGUAUUUGAGGCUAACGGUCAUCCAAACCCAGGAUUUGCAGCUUGGUUCGGGUGGACCCGAAGCUAAAGUCAUCAGGGGCAUAGGUGCUGACGUGUACGUCAAAGCUCAGCUUGGAGCCCAGCUUUUCAAGACCAGUCGUGCUUCGGUGGGGUCAUCCAGUCCCACGUGGAAUGAAGAUCUAAUGUUUGUAGCAGCCGAGCCGUUUGAGCCGUUUUUGGUGGUUACGGUCGACGAUGCCACGCACGCACAAUCAGUUGGACACGUCAAGAUACACGUGGCGAGUAUUGAGAAGCGUACGGACGAUAGAGCCGAACCCAAGUCCAGGUGGUUUAAUCUGGUUGGAGCAGAUGAGAAAUCACAGCCCUACGCUGGCAGAAUUCACGUGCGGGUUUGCUUGGAGGGUGGGUAUCACGUGCUCGACGAAGCGGCGCACGUGACCAGCGAUGUGAGAGCCGCUGCUAAACAAUUAUCCAAAGCUCCGAUUGGAUUAUUAGAAGUUGGGAUACGAGGUGCCACUAAUCUCUUACCCGUCAAGACCAAAGACGGCACACGUGGCACUACAGACGCUUACGUGGUGGCCAAAUACGGACCGAAGUGGGUCCGCACCCGUACUAUCCUGGACCGCUUUAAUCCACGCUGGAACGAGCAGUACACUUGGGACGUUUACGACCCUUGUACCGUACUCACCAUUGGUGUUUUUGACAAUGGAAGGUACAAGCGCGACGAAGCGGGGAAACAGGGUAAAGAUCUUAGGAUUGGGAAGAUACGUGUACGGCUCUCAGCGCUCGAUACUAAUCGAGUGUACAUGAGUUCAUAUUCUCUUACGGUGUUGCUCCCAGGUGGUGCUAAAAAAAUGGGGGAAGUGGAAAUAGCCGUUCGAUUCUCAUGCGCCUCGUGGUUUAAUUUGAUCCAAGCUUACAGCAGCCCAAUGCUGCCCAGAAUGCACUACGUCAGGCCCUUGGGCCCGGCCCAACAAGACAUUCUCCGCCACACGGCUAUGAGAAUCGUCACGGCGCGAAUGGCUCGCUCGGAGCCGCCGUUGGGGCAAGAAGUGGUUCAGUUCUUGCUCGAUUCGGACACGCACGUGUGGAGCAUGAGGCGAAGCAAGGCCAAUUGGUUUCGCGUGGUGGGGUGCCUCUCGCGCGCCGCUACGUUAGCCGGCUGGCUGGACGGGAUUCGCACGUGGGUUCACACGCCCACAACUGUUCUCAUGCACGUCCUGCUCGUGGCAGUAGUACUGUGCCCGCAUCUGGUGCUCCCCACCGUAUUCAUGUACGCCUUCUUGAUCUUAACCCUUCGUUUUAGGUACCGUCGAGUGAUCCCAGCCAACAUGGACCCGAGAUUGUCCCACGUGGAGGCGGUGGGCCAGGACGAGCUGGACGAAGAGUUCGACGGGUUUCCUUCGAGUCGGUCGCCAGACAUAAUUCGGGUCAGGUACGAUAGGUUACGGGCCUUGGCGGGCCGGGCCCAAACGUUGUUGGGUGACGUGGCGGCCCAAGGGGAGAGAUUGGAAGCUCUGUGCAAUUGGAGGGAUCCUCGGGCAACAGGGAUAUUUGUGGUAUUUUGCUUGGUGGCAUCUUUGGUGUUCUAUGCGGUGCCGUUUAAGGUGUUCAUGUUGGGAUGGGGAUUUUAUUACUUACGUCAUCCUAGAUUUCGAGGAGAUAUGCCCUCUCUACCCAUGAACUUUUUCCGGCGAUUACCAUCACUUUCCGACCAAAUCAUGUAAGACUUGGUUCGAAUGUUUUUAUGUUCAUGUUGUUGUAAUUUUAUUUAUUAUUUAAUUGAUUAAUUGAAUUUAUUUUUAAAAGAAUGGAAUAUUUGUUUUGUUACAUUUGUUUAUAUUGAAUAUUGAUGAUUGGCGUUGUAAUAUGUUAAAGUGAAUCAUGGUGGGCAGCAGCAUAGCAUAAAAGUGGCACAAAAUUACAAAAAAUAAUGUGACCGUUUGAACUUUGGAGUGUAAAAA